GGAGAGAGCCCGCUGGCUGACAUCCACUGGGCCCGAAUCGUUCUCGAUGAGGCGCACGUUGUGAAAAAUAGGAAAACGAAGGCAUCAAAGGCAGUGUGCUCGCUGAUAGCCGAUGCCCGGUGGUGUGUUACUGGUACGCCGUUGCAUAACAACUUGUGGGAUUUGUACUCUUUGAUGAAAUUUUUAAAAGUCGAUUACUUCAGUGAAGAAUGGUUUUGGAAAGAGUAUGUCGCGUCGGCGACGAAGAAAUCUGCGGAAAGACUCAAUUUACUGAUGAGGAAUUAUGUCCUCCGGAGAGAAAAGAACUUCCUAUCACCAAUAUCCAAGAUGCCACUCGUGGAGUUGCCUGAAAAACAUAGUCAUGAACACAUGUUGCAAUUUUCUGAAGGCGAACGAAAAGCAUAUGAUUUGAUGUAUGAAGCAUCAAGGGCGAAAGUUAGAGAAAUGAUAACAGAAGAAGAAGUUGAAGAAGUACAGGGUGCUCGUACAAAAAAGAAGAUAGCACCUUCAACUAACAAAAAAGUCUUUCUUGGAUCUGCUGCUAAUUCGAAUCCAAAUUCUAAAUUUGGAAGAAUGGGUUGUAUGCUGGUGAUUUUGCUGCGCCUCCGGCAGGCAUGUACUCAUUUCAGUUUGACCAAAAAUGCUGUGGAUAUGGAGGCUUUCCAGUCGAUUGACUCGGAAAACCCGCUCACUUCGGAAGAGCAAGAAAAUUUAGCUAACUUGACCAUAGACAGUUUCUUGGAUCCGGAGAAGAUGGACGAUGUCACUUACAUUUUUAAAAGAAAGUUUAUCAGUGCCAAGAUUCAACUCGCUCUUGAUCUUCUCAGGCACAUUCUGGAAGAUGGCGAAAAAUGUGUCAUUGUAUCACAGUGGACCUCCUUCCUGAAGAUUCUCGAGAAGCAUAUCAAAAAACGCUUCCCGGAAGUGGACUGCUCAACGAUCAGUGGAGAAGUUCUACCUUUCGAAAGACAAGAUCGUGUAAACAGUUUCAAUGAACAGGGGAGCGGAAUCAAUGUGAUGUUGAUUUCGAUCACCUGCUGGCGGUGUUGGAUUGAAUCUCACUGGAGGAAACCAUCUUAUUCUGAUGGACCUCCACUGGAAUCCAGCAUUGGAACUACAGGCACAAUAAUAAUGAAAGGAUCAAUUGAAGAGCGUGUGUUGGAACUGCAAUUGAAGAAAAUGGAGUUGGCAAAUAACGUACUAAAGGGAGCGGUCUCGAAGAAGAAUAUGAAUCUCACAAUGGCAGAUCUCAAAUUCUUGUUUGAUUUGGAUGGGAGGAAGUGA